GUGUAAAUUUUAAUUCGGUAUUAAUUGUACCUACGACUGUAGUCGCAACGAAGUUCAGAUUUCAACGUUUGCUGGCGAUCGCAGUUCGGAGGUGGCGUCUGACUGUAGCUGACGGAAGCCGUUAGUAUGGAUGAAUUUAUCUUUGAAACGUCGUAAUAAUCGUAUAAUGAGCCAGUCGUAUUCAUCAUUUUAACGAUUAUAAUACAGUGGAACGUCACUCCAAUGUUAAUUUCUAUAUACAAUAUAUAUAUAUAUUUAUGGACUUUUAAACUUGUUUUCAUUUACUCGACGCGUCUCCCACCGACCGUAAUCAGUCGCGUUUACCUAGCCCUGUGUGUACACGUGUUUAAUCGGAAAAACAUAAUAUUAUGCAUUUAUAUAAUAAUAACGUAACACGAUGUUUAUGCGUCGGUGUAUGCCGCUGUCUGCCCACCCGCCAGUUCGCAAAGGAUGCGCACACAUGACGUUAUGGCCAUCGGAAAUAAAGAUAAAUACUUGUCGCCGUCACUGAGGUCAGACAUGAACGCUACCGCCGUCGUGUCCGCGAGUAUAUAAAUACGACGAGUACAACAACUAAAAAGGCGGCGACGAAAACAAUAAAAUUAUAGUAAUAUAUUAUACUAUAACUAUACCAUUAGGUGUGCGUAUAGUUUUGUUACUAUUGGAGGAAAUGUGGUCGGCGCUAAACGAAACACACACGAACGAUAAAUUAUAACGUCAUGUUAUAUUAUCAUACCGUAUCGUAUUCGCAUAGUAUUCCUAUAUCUAUAUAUUAAUAACGUAUAUAACACCUAUAUUACCAUUUAGACAGUAGCUGUGUAGCACGUCGAUGUCGAAGCUGAUACUGUAGUCCGAGAAUACGAUAAUCACAAGUGGGUCCGAACGAAAUGUACGCGAUGAGACGAUUUUUUAAAAAAGAUUUAAUAGCAAUUAGCCUGUGCUUUUUGUGGUGUUGUACCGUUACAUUGACUUGGAAAAUUAAUAUUCAAUCACCAAAAUGGGUACAUCAGAUAUCUAAUGAAAAUUUAACGGGCAUACCGAAAUCCGUUAUACAACUCCAAGACAAAAUUUUGUUUCCAACGAGGCUUUUUCUGCAAAAUAUUUUCAGCUCACAGUAUCAAAUAGAAAAAUCUCGGAUGUUAAAGAAAGUACAAGAGAAAAUACCAAAAUCAUCCAAAUUUUUUUGCAAUACCAAUGGCACUAGAUCUGCAACACGACCAACGUCUGUACAUAAACUAAGACCCGGUGACAUUGAUGUAAUCGGUUGUAUUGGAGAUUCUUGGACAAUUGGGACAGGAAGCUUUACUUAUGUUUUACCACAAUUAUUAACUGUCGAUCAUCGUGGAUCAUCUUGGACAGCAGGCGGACAAGGUACAUGGAGAGAAUUUUUAACUUUACCAAAUAUUUUGAAAGUUUUUAAUCCUAAUUUGAUUGGAUAUGCGUAUGGUGAUGCAUUGGCUGAACAGCGUUUUUCUCAAUUUAACGUAGCUGAAAUCGGUGCCCUCAGUAGAGAUAUACCAUUUAUGACAAGAGAACUAGUGAAAAGAAUCAAAAUGGAUAAGAGGGUUAAUAUAACUGAAGACUGGAAAUUAAUAACAAUGAUGAUGAGUUCGAAUACAUUUUGCUUAGAACUAUGUUACGAAGAUUAUACUACAUAUGCUGAAAAACAUAAACAAGAGGUUCUAAAGUCAUUACUAUACAUAAAAGAAAAUUUGCCACGGACUAUAGUCAACUUAGUUUUAAGUCCAAAUUUAGAAAUUUUAAUGAAUUUCACAAAUUUGCUAAGCAUUUGUUUCUUCACUCAUAUUGUAGAGUGUCCAUGUUUGUAUACACACAUACAGCUGUAUAAAUUGUCAGAUUGA